GAGCGAACACACACCUGGCGACGGCCGCGUUUCCUUUGAUGUGUGCGAGUGUCACUCUAGUGGCGUCAUUUCUUUGAAGUCGAGUCACAGAGAAAGACGCGGCUCCGCGGACCGCCUCGUCGACUCGCGCUGCACGCAACGUCAAUUCGCGUGAAUUACCGCCGCGAUCAGUGCCGCGCGCACCCCGUGUUGGGGGGGCGGGGGGGCUCUCUGUGAGGGUCUCCUGCGUCCCGAUCGCGCUCCUCCAUCCGACGUCGUGCAGGUGAAUCCAUCCGCUGCGCGUAAAAUCCGGACGGACGGACCUCGUCCUGCUGCUGGUGGUGGAGCGCUGGUGGAUUUUCGUUUAUUCAUUCAUUGAUUUAUUUUCUUUUAUUUUUACAAUUUAUUUAUUUAUAUUAAGGAGUCGCACAUGCUGGAGGGGCGUCUUUGUGCGCCGAGAUACUAGAAUAAUAAGAGGCGACCAGACGUCGGCGACAUCGCGGGGACGGGGUGGGGGGAGGGGGGUGCAGCGAGAGAUGAGCGUGCGGCUCGCGCGCCGCGAGGAUGACAUCUGGGCCACGCGACUCCGCCGCUCAUUGCCGGACAGCGCGCGCUGAAGUCGUGGCGAUACGGAGACGAGAGAGACGGACGGCGGAUUGACGGGAAGGACGCGCGAGACUGAGGACAUGUGACCCAAGGCUUGCGGAGAAGUAAAGAGCUUUGGCUCUGGACGCCGAGGGGAGACAAACCGGAGAGCAGAAGGGACUUCAUUUCCAUGCAGGGAGGCGAACGCGACAGCUGGCAGAGGUUUCCGCAGAAGCAUCAGGUGCCCGUGGUUCGUGCGCUCUCGGAAGGUUCGUCAUCUGCCGCGUCAGACGGCGGCUGGGGUGAGAAGCCCUUCGAGGAGAGAGAGAGCCCCAGGAGGGGGCUGGGACUGCCCCCCAGCCACGAAGCGUCAGCCGGUCUGACCGUAACACGACCGUCCAAAGGAAGGGAUUCGCGAGCGAAAGAAGCCCUGUGCAACAUUGGAAUUAGUGUCACCAUGAUGUGGUCCUUGCUGGGCUGAAGGCCACGUGGCACUCGUGGACCUGAGGAUCACAGAUAUUUACACUGAGGACCGAGUUGGGGCAGCUCCAGCGGACCGUUGGACUUUCCACUUCUUGCACUUUGACUGGCCAUUGGCUCCAGCUCCUUUCUCGUCGUCCACUCUGACUUCCAUCGUGAAGAAGGGCUCGGCGGCAGGGUCCCGAUGGCUCGUCCCGGUUCCGGGGUGCUGGUCUCGGGGAACGGGCUUGGCUACCCGCCCCAGAACAUGGCCCGGGUGGUGGUGUGGGAGUGGCUGAACGAGCACGGUCGCUGGCGUCCCUACAGCGCCGCCGUGUGCCACCACAUCGAGAACGUGCUGAAGGGCGACGCCCGCGGCACCGUGGUCCUGGGUCAGGUCGACCCCCAGCUGGCCCCCUACAUCAUCGACCUUCAGUCUAUGCACCAGUUCCGCCAAGACACGGGCACCAUGCGGCCGGUGCAGCGGAAAUUCUACGAGCCGUCGUCGGCACCGGGAAAGGGCGUCGUGUGGGAGUGGGAGAACGACAACGGCUCGUGGACGCCCUACGACAUGGAGAUCUGCGUGACCAUCCAGAACGCCUACGAGAAGCAGCACCCGUGGCUGGACCUCUCCUCCCUGGGCUUCUGCUACCUCAUCAACUUCAACAGCAUGGCGCAGACCAACCGGCAGACCCAGCGGCGGCGGCGGCUACGGCGGCGCAUGGACCUCGCCUACCCGCUCACGAUGGGUUCCAUCCCCAAGUCGCAGUCGUGGCCGGUGGGCGCCAGCUCGGGGCAGCCCUGCUCCUGCCAGCAGUGCAUCCUGGUCCACAGCACGCGCGCCGCCUCCAACGCCAUCUUGGCCUCGCAGCGCCGCAAGGUCUACGGGGGGCCCCUCGGCGCCGUGCGACAGAGCAACACGUUCGCCGGAGCGCCCCUGCUGUCCGUGGGCUCCGCCGCGUCGGCCGCAGCCGCGGGCAGCAACAACUGCAACGUGGGCGGAGGGGCCGGGGGCGCGGGGCAGGCCAAGGCUGAGCAAGGGGCGCCGCCCGCGUCCACCCACAACGGCCCGGCGGGGGGCUUUCCUCACUGCCCGCCCCCCCCCGCCCUGCCGUCCACUCACAGCCUCACGAUCAACGGGCAGAACAACCUGAACCGGCCCGGCACUCAGCGCGUCUCCAUGGGAACGGCCCGCGGCAGCAUCCCGCCGGGGGUUCCCGCCCUCCCGGUGAAGAACCUGACUGGAUCUGGACCUGUUCAUCCAGCAUUGGCAGGCAUGACAGGCAUCCUCAUGUGUGCAGCGGGGCUGCCGGUGUGCUUGACCCGCGCCCCCAAACCCAUACUGCACCCGCCGCCCGUCAACAAGAGCGACCUGAAGCCCGUCCCCGGAGUCAACGGCAUCCGGCGCAAGACCAAGAAGAAGCACCUGAGAAAAGGCAAGAACCCGGAGGAUGUGGUGCGGCGCUACACGGAGAAGGUCAAGGUGGUCCCUGACGAGGACUGCACCAUCUGCAUGGAGAGGCUGGUUAUGUCAUCAGGCUACGAAGGCGUCCUGAACCACAAGGCCAUGAAGCCGGAGCUGGUGGGCAAGCUGGGCAAGUGUGGUCACAUGUUCCACUUGCUCUGCCUGGUGGCCAUGUACAACAAUGGCAAUAAGGAUGGCAGCCUGCAGUGCCCCACCUGCAAGACCAUCUAUGGCGAGAAGACGGGGAGCCAACCGCCCGGGAAGAUGGAGUACCACGUGAUCCCCCACUGCCUGCCGGGGUACCCCGACUCCAAGACCAUCCGCAUCGUCUACGACAUCCCUGCCGGCAUCCAGACUACCGAACACCCAAACCCGGGGAAGAAGUUCAGCGCCCGGGGCUUUCCCCGACACUGCUACCUGCCCGACAACGAGAAGGGCAGGAAGGUCCUGAGGCUGCUCAUCAUGGCGUGGGACCGGCGACUCAUCUUCACCAUCGGCACGUCGAGCACCACCGGCGAGUCCGACACGGUGGUGUGGAACGAGAUCCACCACAAGACCGAGUUCGGCUCCAACCUCACGGGCCACGGCUACCCGGACCCCAACUACCUGGACAACGUGCUGACGGAGCUGUCCUCCCAGGGAGUGGCCGAGGAGAACCUGAAGGAGUGACGGGGUCCCAGGAAGGUCCCCCCCAUGAACACGCCGGCACCCCUCCGCCCGCCUCCCACCAUCGAGGGAGGAUUCUGAGGGACGGAAACGAAAUAACGAAACUGUCUUGCAAUCCCCGCCCCCUUCCGUACCAAUAUACUAUCCAGUGGACAUACUAGUGAAGGAAGUGAACUUAAAAAACAGCAGUAAUAAACUUUACUUUUUCUAGCGUCUGGCUACAAAAAAUAAUAAACAUAGGCUGAAGAAUGGUGUCACUAUGUCCAUGUUUUGGACGUAUGUAACUUGCCAGUGUUUGCGGUUAUAGGUGUUAAGCUAGUUGAUGAACUCUUGACUGAUAUGAGCUGGGGGUCCCUAUUCUGAGCUUAUGGGGGGUCUUGCUUUGGGCCUGGGGUGCGAGCAGUUCCCAGAGGUGCCGAUGCACGAGAUGUGGUGAGAGCUUGUUCACUCGCUCCAAGGGUGGAAGGGCACUGCAGACCCUCAGCCGACACGCCCUUGUGCGUAGGGUUUGUUGGGGUCGGGAAAUGUACUUUGUUGCCCUGUAAUUUUACAGUUUGCCGUUUCUGAGCGUUAUUGUUGUUGUUGUUGCAAGGGCACCAAAAGCUGAAGGCCAAGCUGCAUUCCUUUUGCGCUAGUUAGGAAACCGUGUGUAUGACGUGUUAGGGUUAGCGAGUUGCUCAUCGUGGGAUCUUGUGAAGAUUUGAAAAGGGUUUUUGAUGUGUAGCUUUUGUUCUGCUUUAAACCGAAACAUUGGGAGUCUGACCCCAUGUUGCCAGCUGUAUAACCUGAUGUUUAACAGGCACCGGUAAUGAAGACGGUGCGUCUCGAAGGUCACGUGAAAGCUACUCUUGCAUAUUUUAAAAACUUCAGUUGUUGGCUGCUUGUUUAGGCCCAAUGUGAGCUCCAGGGUGCCCUUUGUCCUAGGCAUGAUUUCUCAGAUAUGGGAAUGUUCUAGAAUAGCCUCCCUCUUCCAUUCACAGAAUCCAGAAAUAAAAGAGUGUAGACGGCAUUGAGAUGUUAUGUGAUCAAGCACACAGUCUCUUACUCUUCAGGCCGGAAAAGCUGUGGUGCAACAGGACCUUCAUCCACAAGGAGAUGGAAAGUGUUCUCUGUCCCUUCGUUGCAGCCAACCGAUUGCAAGUGUUCAACCCUUGGGAACCACAACGCUGAGAAGGGACGACUGAGCAAAGACACUGUACUCUUUAAGAGAGCAAUCAGGUCCAGGGUUUGGUUCAUACAAGUUAAGAUAAACCCUAUACAACUCUACGUUCAGAAGCAUGUCUUUGAAGAUCCAAAGUGACCCAACGAGACCUCAGUGAUGAGCACCAACAGGCUCUUAAAGAAUAAAUCCAUUUGUUUUGAUGGAACAGUGAUGAAAAUGUUGCCUGUCGACACUUUGGGAGCCACUUGGGGAGUGUGUUGGCUGAAGAGGGAGGCAACGGCUCGAUUAACCACGAUGCUCGUGGAACCGAAGAAAGAGCCCAAGCUUCUGCCAUUGAGGAGGAUUCCUAACACAUUCCGAAUCCAUCUGCAUGCAGGUGAAAGGGUUCCUCCUGAGGUAUCAUGGGUAGGUUGCUUUGGCGGGCGGUCAGUCAUCGAACCCUGGAGGCUCUCGCGCCAGACAAGACGUACUUUGCUCGCGCAAAGGGCACAUCUCCUGAUACAUUUAAUCAACUUUAAUUACUGAAAAUGUUUUUGCGUCCGAAAGGGGAUUAAUAACGUAAUUGACUGCGUGUUUCUCUCUCUCUCUCUCUCUCUCUCUCUCUCUCUCUCUCUCUCUCUCUCUCUCUCUGUGUCAGCGGUUUUCUGAGUAAUAAUCUGAAACGCCGUUGAAUUUUGGACUGAAUCAUUGUCUUCCUUUGCACUUUGAGGCGGCCGCUUUCGUUGAUCGAUCCUUUUGUUUUGAGAAGCUGUCUUGAAAUGUAAUAUCCUUCUGCUGGUUUAGCUCAUUUACUAAAUGUUUAAGUUUUUACAAUGUCUUGUAUUGCUCCUAUAAAUAUAUACAUUUACACAAAAAUGUUCUACCUUAAAAUCAAAGCUCAAUUUGAUUGAAAAAAGUGGGGUAAAAUUAUUUUUUAUACU